AAGUGGGUGAGUAAAUGUUGAAAGAAUAUUCAUUUUGGGUGAACUAUCCCUUUAAUUAUGAAAAAGCGAACACAGGUAACAGUGCUCUGUGGAUGUUAUGAUGUUCAAGUAAAUUAUAUAAAAAAAUCUGGUUUUCUGAGGUAAUACAGGGUAUAGUUCUGAAUAUACCAUCAGUUAAUUGUUGUUUGGAUGUGUGCAUUUUUAGUUGGCUACUGUGGAAAGGAGAUCAUAUAGGAGAUAUAUUUUCAGAGUGAUAUCUACCGAUUCUGAAGAUUAAAUUAGUAUUUCUUAACUUUUAAAUGUUAUUAAUUCAUAUAAUGACUAUUAAUAUUGAACAUCAAACUGGUAAUGCUGCUUUACAUUUUCUAGAAAGACUGUUUCAUCUUAACAACAUGAACAAACUUUGCUGCACAUGCGCACUUUUGUGACCCUAACUGAACUUCUGAUACACAUUCACAAACAAUAGAGUGACUAACAAUUCUGAUAACAAUCAAAAGAAACCGAGAAGAACCUUUACUUGGCUAAACUUGUCUUUAGACUGCGAUACAAAUCUCAACGCCUAGAUGUCAGUGUACUAUGGUUUGUUAAAAUGCGACCAAACUGCAGGACCCAUUUAACACAUCGUUUAUUUAAUAAAAUGAACAUACAAAUCCAUUCGACACAUCGUUUAUUUAAUACUUUUAUAAAGUGAAAUAAUAAUAUAAAUAGUAAUAUCAUUAGACACUAGCCAAACACAAACCGGAGGUUUACUCCGGUGCGCACGUCCGAUGAAACGGUCUAUACAGAGCACACAUUCAUUGCAUUUUAUAGGCCCUUAUCAUAGGCUGUUUUUAAACUUUUGGCCGAUAGCCGACAGUGUGAAAAUGUUCUUUUAUUGACCGAUUCCGAUUAUUGGCUAAUAUAAGUGCAUCUCUACUUUUAAGAUUUAUCAGUUGACAAAUUUGAUUAUUUAUUGCCAUUUUAGAAAGCAUCUAUAACAACUGAUUAAAUGUUUUUGAUAACUAGUUUUCUUGUCAUGUAAGAAUAUUUUUACAUUUAUUCAUCACCUUAAUUCAACUCAAAAGUGCAUUCAUAUGUGUUUUCCCUUAGGGAUCAAACCCCUGACCUUUGCCUUUGCUAGCGUAACAAGAAUAAAUAUGACCUAUCAAGUGGGCCUCUAUUUGUGCUGUAUUAUAAUUAUAAGUGAAUAGGACAUCAUGUCUUGUUUGCUUUUAGAAUUCCAGCCUUUGUUGGGGUCAGUGCCAGUCUAUUUUUUGACGCCUGGUUGAUUUAUCUGACUAGAUGUUGAAUAGAUCUGGCCCUCAUGUCCUCCACAGCAACUGCAGCAGGGUUUGGAUCGUGUGCAUGCCUGAAUGUCUACUCACUUCUGUUGCUUGAGCACGCAUGCAUAGUUUAAAUCAAAAUUCCAGUUUCGCUUCCAUCCCGAUCACACAAAUUUAUUCUGUUAAUAUCUUUCAGUUUUAAGUAGUAGUUCACUUUCAAUGAAAAAUCUGUCAUGUGAUAUUUUGAAGAAUGUUGUUAACAGCCCCCAAUUCACUUGCAUUGGUUUUGUGUCAACUCAAUAGGAGUGAAGCGGUGGCUGUGCUGUUCUGUCAUCAGCAUAUUUCAAAAUACCUUCUUUUGUUUUCUGUAGAAGACAGAAAGUCAAACAAGUUUGAAACGACAAGAUGAUGACAUCAUUUUCAUUUUAAAGGUGAACUACUCCUUUAAAUUUGCCAUGGUGUUUGGGUCACACAUGGAGAGAUGGAGGGUGGGUUGUGCGAUCUCUGAUUACAAUGCAUGGAGGUGUGAGUUUGGUGUUGAUUGUCAAGGGAGGCGGGCGCUAUUUAAAGCAAGGCCACUGACUUGCAUGAGUCUGCUGGUCUCUGUCACGCUUAACUCUGUGCCUGUGGGAAACACAGUCUCAUAGUUCAGAGUCGGGCACCGGGUCACCUGGUCGCAGGGCAUGUUUGCCACUCACAGAAGCAGUCUGACCGAUGUGCGGGUCGUGCACGGUGGCCACACCAGCCACACAAGCCACCGUCCCAUCCGCCAACAGAGUGUGCCUUCCGAACAGAUUCCCAAGAAUGGACCGCCGGGUAACACUGUACGAAGGAGCAGUAGCAUUAGCAGCGGCAAGAUGCUGUCACUGUCCUUCAGCGAAAGCAUGCGGAGCGACAUCGACCGCUACCUGUCCGACCAGGGCCUUUGCCCUUUGCGGCAGGGCGGGGGGGAACUGGGUGAGAUUAGGAGCCUGAGAGAGGUGCGGGCAGCCGCCCAGCUCAAAAACCUGGAGGAUUUCCUGAGAAGCAAUGGAGUGUCACUUCAAGAGUCUGUCUCCUUCCAGACUGGCAUGAGGUAUAGGAAUCUUGGGAAAUCGGGGUUACGGGUAUCAUGUCUCGGGCUGGGCACCUGGGUGACCUUUGGUGGACAGAUCCCAGAUGAGGUAGCUGAGCAGCUAAUGACGCUCGCGUAUGAAAAUGGUAUCAAUCUGUUUGACACGGCCGAAGUGUAUGCGGCAGGGAAGUCUGAAAUGGUUCUCGGCAGUAUCAUCAAGAAGAAAGGAUGGAGACGUUCCAGUUUGGUCAUCACCACCAAAAUAUACUGGGGUGGAAAAGCAGAAACAGAGAGAGGCUUGUCUCGGAAACACAUAAUAGAGGGUCUAAGAGCGUCUCUGGAGAGGCUACAGUUAGAGUAUGUGGAUGUAGUGUUUGCUAACAGACCUGACCCCAACACACCGAUGGAAGAGACGGUUCGAGCGAUGACCCAUGUCAUCAACCAGGGAAUGGCGAUGUACUGGGGAACUUCUCGCUGGAGCUCAAUGGAGAUUAUGGAGGCGUACUCAGUGGCACGACAGUUUAACCUGAUCCCACCCAUCUGUGAGCAAGCUGAAUAUCACAUGUUCCAGAGAGAAAAGGUGGAAGUACAGUUGCCUGAACUCUUCCAUAAGAUAGGUGUUGGUGCCAUGACCUGGUCUCCUCUGGCCUGUGGGAUCAUCUCAGGGAAGUAUGACAGCGGUGUGCCUCCAAACUCUCGAGCCUCCCUCAAGGGCUACCAGUGGAUGAAGGAUAAGAUCCUGAGUGAGGAAGGCCGCCGUCAGCAGGCGAAGCUGAAAGAGCUGCAGGCCAUUGCGGAGCGGCUGGGUUGCACGCUGCCCCAGCUGGCCAUCGCGUGGUGUCUGAGGAAUGAAGGGGUGAGCUGUGUUUUGCUGGGAGCCUCCAGCACUGAUCAACUGAUGGAAAAUAUAGGAGCUAUUCAGGUUCUUCCGAAGUUAUCAUCAUCUAUUGUACAUGAAGUGGACAGUAUCCUAGGCAACAAACCCUACAGUAAAAAGGACUACAGGUCCUAAAAAGAAAGUGAGUGACUGUCGACUUGCUUCUUACUCUGAGCUUUACCUGAAUAAAACAUUGGCACACGGGACCAGCACAGUCACACGUCCCGCAGGAACGCCAACCCGCACAAAACAAGGAGUCUACCGAUAUUAGCCAGAGAGGGGCAAAAGAGCACGAGCAGACCGGAAGCAUGCUCACGAACAAAACAGCUAGUCCGGCUCAAAUAAGAACGGCACUCCUACCACUAGAAGAAACCACUUGCCUGCUUCCAUCCCUUUAAAGUAAACACUAAAGUAGUGCAUUAUUAGGACUUAUUAAAAUGCAUGAGAUCCACUGGACAGUGCAUGUGCUUUUCCCUCCAUGUUGGAAAGAGAGUACAUUCGCAUAAGCUUAAACGUAUCCCGAAACAAUCUUCAUAAUAGUAAUGAUGAAGCACUUUAAUGAUACAACAGAAAGUUACAUCACUGGACUAAAGCGGUUUUAAAACCAUUCAUCUCUGUCAUUUUCACUAUAGUUUUUAUAUGGAAAUGUUGCUAUAUUGAUAACCAAUAUUCUGCUUGUUUACAAGACCUUGUUUAUAUAACCAGCUAUACUUUUAAAUUCUAAACAGGAAGAAAGUUGUUAUAGGGUAAAUGGAUGUAGUGUUAGGUUGUUAACAACACAAAUACAGGCCUCUACAAAUGUGCAAUAUCGGAAAGUGUUCAUGAACCCAUAGUUUGCACUCCGGCUUAUUUUUCGAACCUUUUCCAAGACGGAUGAUCUAAUGCAGUGUUUGUGAAGCGUACAGCUGACCGGUUCAUUCUGAAACCAAAGAAUUGUGUGUCGUCUGCACUGCUGUUUUCAUCCAAGCGAACAUGGGAAGGUCCGGAAUUUACAUAGCGCGUGAUGUUUGAUUAUGUUAUGAUGCGUUGUUUUAAGUUUUAUAGUUUGUCAUGUGUCUGCAGUACUGAGAGUUUGCCUUAAAGUUCCAUGUUUAAAGUGUUUUUUUUGUUUCAUGUGAAUAUGAACAGUAUUUCCAUAUUCAAAUCGUUUUGUGUGCUGUUUUAUUUUUGAUUUUUGGUUGGGAUGACAAUGAAGAUCAUUUGCUUUGAUAUAACAGUUAAUACAUAACUUCACCACAUUUUAGUAUCGGCCUUCAUUGUGGGGACCAAAUGUCUCCACAAGGAUAGCAAAACCUGAGACACAAAAUGUACAUUACUGAGACCAGUCAAUGGUCACAAGGUUUCUGUAAGUUAGGGAAAUCCAUUAGGACUGUAUUCAAACAAGAAAGAAGUCCCCACAAAGUUACUAAAACAGAUGUGUGUGUGUGUUUGUGUACAACAUGAUUUAUGUUCUUGUCCAAUGGCUCCCUCUACUGAUCGAGAUGAUGUUUGAACUAUAAAGCAAUCACCAACAUAUUGGUAGUUGAGGGACUAAUAUGCAAAUUUGUCCUAUGGUGUGAAGGAAAAAAUGAUCUUAUGCUAUUUUAUGUGAUAAAUAUAAAUAAUAUAAAACAAUGUAAUAUUAACAGUUUGUUAUCCAAGAUUUGCUAAGUCACACCAUAGGAGACAUGUACGAUUUGUUCGUCAACUACCCAUAUACCAUCAUAUUAAGGAAAUAUUUAACAAUAUGGUCCUACAUGUAGUUUCUGUUUUUAACUAUUGAUGGCCCGGUUUCACAAACAAGGCUUAGUUUAAGCCAGGACCAUGCCGUAGUUCAAUUAGGAUAUUUAAGUCGCUUUUAAUAAAAUGCCUUAGAUAAAAACAUAACUGUUGAGCAGCUUAAAACAAAAUAAAGGCAUUGACAUAUUUAAAGAUAUGGCCGGGCAAUUUAUUUUCAGUUAAGACAGCUCAAACAUUCAUUUUAGUCUGGGACUAGUUUUAAGACUUGUCUGUGAAACCGGGCAGAUAUUUGACACUAUAUUUUAUUAUAUUCUUGCAGUCAAAGCAGUGUAUGCUAGUACAAGUUGUUUCAUUGUGUGAUAUCAUAACGCAUGUGUUUUCCAUAAACAUAGUCUUUAUAAAACUGGUCAAUCGUAUCAUACUCAGUCAUGAGACUGAGAAACCAAUGAGUAGGACCGCAUUAGUCUGCUGUCAAUGAGUUACUAGAUUAUAUGCCUUAUUCAAUUCUAACACAAAAUACUCAGUGGUGACAGCCAUUUAUUUAGCAUGUGUUUCAUAAAAGAAAAUAGUAUAUGCAUUAUGGCAUUUCAAAUACACCAGUAAUGAAUGGAGAAGCAUAGGAAGUGGUAUAAAAGAGAGCUAUAAAGUCAUAUAUGUUAUCAUAAUGACUGAUCUUCGUCAUGUUAUUGUCAUAGUAAAUACAGAUUCAGUGCUAAAAAAAAAUUCACAGACAGCGUGUCACUUUUUUCUGAACCUAAUUUUUGUUAAACAUCUUUAUAGAGUUCAAUCAAAUCUCAAUACAUGUUGCAUGGAUACAUGAAAAAAUGGUAAUUUUACUGUUAGAAGUAAUAAACUGUUUUUGGCCGUGAUUAAUUGAAUGUAAUGAAUAAGAAGGUUUCGAUUGUUGAUUAAACGUGCAGUAUUGAACAAGUACAGAAUCUAUACAGCUUUUUGAAGAUGUACUUUAACCAAAGACCACAGUUGUAUAACACAAGCUUUGAUGAUAGAAAUGGCGUUGCUUCAGUUGCUGAGGCUCGAUGUUAAGUCUAUGUUCGUAUAUUUGUUACAUGAACAUCUUGGGCAUCUGUCUGCAUCUACAUGUGGGAUUUUAGUUGAACAGUACAUCAAGAUGGCACUACGUUUGUAUCUUGUGAUGGGUCUUUCAUAAACUGCUCUAAUUUGAAUAUGUUUGCUCUUGCUCAGGAAGUCAUGACUGUCGGUAGAAGUUGCUAAAACUGUUCCAUAUGUACUUGUUUAGUAAUGUAGACGAUAGGCCUCAUUGAAUGAGAAAAUGUUGGUGUGUAAAGUGUAAAACUUUGAAAACAAAGCAAGUUUUGUUAUCCCACAAGGAUGAAUAUGUCAGUAGUGUACAGUAGUGAAAUAAUUUCUGUAGAAAUUACAGUGUUAUUGGCAGCAGUUGGCCAGUAAUUUACAUUUGUGUAAUUUAAGGGCAUGAGUUUGUUCAAAGAUAAAUUAACGUUAAACAUUAACAAUUCUUUAUCUUUAAUUAAAAAAACUAUACAAUAACAGCCUCCGCAAAGCAUUGUGGGAACCAAAAACCUGAACAAGUUUGAUGAGGAUUUCUGGUUUUCGCAAUGCUUUGCCUACGGCUUUUUUUUCUGUAAAGAUAAGUUACUGGCAACUUGCUGCAUAACUACAGGAGAAGAAAAAUGACAGUGUAGAAAUAGUGGAAUGAAAUAGGGGUUACUGUAAGUACAUGAAAUUAUCAUUUUUUUAUGUUUUCAAGACUUCAGAAGAAUAGAUGACUGUUUUUGGUAUUACCUUUUAUUCUGACAGUUCUGUUAUAUUGACCAUUACUAUUAUGCAUUAUGGUUUCUGUACAAGUACACAAAUAAUUCAGAGUUUUGUAUAUAUAAUGGAAUGGUUUGAUGACCUGUAUAUAUUCGGAAUCUAGAUAUAUGUUACUGAUUUUAGUUAAUGUACUAUUAUCACGUUAGACUUUAUUUAUUUUUACAUCGAGUACUGCUUAUGACAUUACUUGAGGAAAACAUGUACAGCUUUAAACCUAUGAAAGAAAAUAAAUUAUUUAUUGUUGGUCUUUAA